ACAGUACAGUACUCCACCUUCUGGACCACAUGUGACCCUAGAGAUUGCCUUCUCCCUUCUCCUUCAUCCCUUCCCCAUGGCAGAUACGCGCCAAUAUGUUGGAUGGGCCAUGGCAUUGUUCUGAAUGAUUGUGUGUUCCUCAUGCCUUUUAUGAGCUGCACAAUGUCCCUGAGACUAAUGUUGCCCCUCCCAAGCUUUCCCCUUCUUGGGGAUCUAACAGCACAGUCUCUCCCCUCAUGGGCUGCUGGCCAGGAUCAGAGCCAUGGUCUGUCCUUCAUCCACAGUUACUAUGGUGACCAUAUAGUGGGGGUGAGGCCAGGCUCUGGAACCCUCCCAACCAUGGCCAUGUUCUGGAACAUGGCCAAUCACCACAGUAACAGCUGGGGGGGGAAUUCAGGAGGAGGUUUUCAAUAAUGGUGAUGGAAUCGUGGUCUUGAUGAGGAAAGGGAGGAGAAAGGGGUCACCCAGAGGUCCCCCCUCAGGGAGAAGAGGCAGCCGGGUCCCAUGCUGCAAGAUGCAGGAGUCCUGUGUGAGUGACACCUGUGAUGGGGACCAGGACUCGGCCCAAUCUGCAGGAAGGCAGAGAGACAUUCCUAAGGACCCAUUUCCCUCCAAGUCAGCUCCUGCCUGCACCCUUGAUCGCCCACCCCAUUGCUCCCGCCCCUCCUUCCCCUUCCAGUGGAUGUGGGAGGAAUUCUCACUCAACGGCCGUGCCCUGCUCCCAGCCCCUUCCCUGGACCAGAUGAAGAAGGGGGAGCCCCGCAGAGCUCCCAACAACUCUCCCCGUGAAAGUGUCCACCCCAAGAAGAUGGGUUUGCAUAGACGUGCAGACCAAUGGGCUGGCAGCUCACAGGGGCACAGCAGCACUGAGGGGGGCAGGGUUAAGCGAGUACCCCACCCCACCUCCAGCAGCCUCUCCCCACUGUAUUGGAAGAUGGAGGCCCGGAGUGAGGCCCGCAAACGCCAGCUCCGGGAGGAGAGGAGGCACUGGCUCCAGCUGGCUCAGCAGUUGCUGAGUCUGGAGGAGGCUGUGUCUUCCCCGGCCUGGGAGACGUCCACCUCUGCCCAGCAGCCCAGGGCCAGGCUAAGAGCUGAGGCUCUGUGCCUGGCCACAGAGCCACAGGACCCAAGCCCCAGGGGGCACAGAAGGAAGGGCAAAGGGCUGGCCCCCAAAGACAAGAUCCGGUACCAACCCAUCAUUAACCGGACCAUCCCUGACUUUGAGACACUCCACAAGAGGUUCCAGGAGCAGCUGGAGAAGAGGAAAGUGAGAGCCAAGAUGACCAUCUACAAACCCUUCCAUCUCCACAUGGCCAGCAGCUCUCAGCACCAACCUGGGGACCAGCUCAGAGACUGGGAGCAGCACCAGCUCUGGAGCUUCCACUGCAGGUCCCAGUCCUGCUCAGAGUUCGACCCCUUCCUCUCAGUGCCACCCACCAGAGCCUCUGACAAACGGCAGGAGGCCACCAGGCUAUUGCUAUUGGAGUGGGAGCGACGGGAGCAGCAGGAGAAGAGGCAAGCAGAACAGCGCCGGGUCAAGCAGCAGCAGGUGCAGAGGGAAGUGGCCAAGUGCCUGGCAGGCUAUAGUCCCCCUGACAGCUUGGCUCAGACCACACAAAAGAAGAGGGAAGAGCUGAGGAGGCUGGAGCAGCAGCGCAUGGCAGAGUAUGAUGCCCAGCUGCGAGAGAUCCAAGAGAGGGUGGAGAGUCGGCCCUACCUCUUUGAGCGUGUUAUGCAGACCAACGCCCGCCUGGCUGUGGAGCGGCGCUUCUCCCAGGUGCUGGCAGCACUGGGCAUUGAUGAGGGGAUGCUGUGGAGACAUGCUGGGCGCCUGGCCAAGGGCAGCACUUCCAGGACAGCUGGCAGAACCACACAGGGGAGGUCACGGAGCCUCUCUUAGAUCAGGUUGCUGCUCAAUAAGAGGUUAGAGUCUCUUCUGGACUCUUUGGAUACUGCCUGAGAAUAACCCCGUCUGGAACGGAGAAGGGUCACAUUCAGCUCCCUGAGUGAGAGAAGCAAAGUACCAGCAAAUAAAUGAGUCUUU